CCAGAGGUAUGUGAAAAGCUCAUUUCUAAAGUCCUGCUCUCAUCGGCAGUGGCGGAGGGAGGAAGACUAACAGGGGCCGCAACCCCCUAUUUUUUUAAAAAUUACAUUACAUAGAGAUACGGGAGAGAUGUCGAGCUUCCAACUGGGGGUUGCUGGUGCACUGUUUCUCUCAGUGGCCUCCUCUGUGUCUAUAGUCAUCUGCAACAAAGCAUUGAUGAGCAAUCUAGGCUUCCCUUUUGCCACAACACUAACUAGCUGGCAUCUGAUGGUUACAUUUUGCACACUUCAUGUUGCCCAACGCCUCAGUUUCUUUGAGGCCAAGUCCAUUGACAUGAAGACGGUCACUCUUUUUGGCAUUCUGAAUGGCGUUUCCAUUGGCCUUCUCAACUUGAGCCUCGGUUUCAAUUCUGUUGGAUUCUAUCAGAUGACCAAACUUGCAAUCAUACCCUUUACUGUGUUGCUAGAAACUGUUUUCCUCAAGAAGCAGUUCAGCCAGAAAAUAAAGUUUUCUCUAUUCCUCUUACUCGUUGGAGUUGGCAUUGCCUCUGUCACAGAUCUCCAGCUCAAUUUUGUGGGCACCGUUCUUUCCCUUUUAGCCAUCAUAACCACAUGUGUCAGCCAAAUUCUGACAAAUACGAUACAGAAGAAGCUUAAUGUCUCCUCAACACAACUUCUCUACCAUUCUGCUCCAUUCCAAGCAGCAGUUCUUUUUGUUUCAGGCCCUCUAGUGGAUCAGUUCCUCACCAAGCAAAACGUCUUUUCCCAUAAAUAUUCUCCCAUAGUCUUGGCAUUCAUUGUUCUGUCAUGCUUGAUAGCUGUUUCUGUAAACUUCAGCACCUUUCUAGUGAUUGGCAAAACAUCUCCUGUAACUUAUCAAGUACUUGGCCACCUCAAGACUUGCCUUGUUCUUGCAUUUGGCUACACAUUGCUCCAUGACCCCUUCACUGAGAGGAAUAUUAUUGGUAUAAUGAUUGCCAUUUUGGGAAUGGGCUUUUACUCUCAUUUCUGCACUCAGGAAAACAAAAGGAAACAGCAGGUUGAUCUCUCCUUGGCCUCUCAGGUUAAGGAUAAGGAUAGCUCACCACUUUUGACGCAUGAAGACAAGGAAAGUCUUGAGGCUAAGAAAUUGAGCAAGGACUCUAUUGUUUAAGGGGAAAAGGCUCUGGCUUGAUCUAAGAUUAUCUCGUAUUCCAAGGUUCUUUCAAUCUUGAGGGCACUUUAAUUAGUGUAAAUCAAUUUUUUUCCUGUUUAUUUUGUUGUUGUAACAGCAAGUCAGUGCCUUAUUCUUUUUCUGCUCAUUUUAUGAUGCAGAAAACAUAGUUUUACUGAAAUUGAAUUUAUUCUGCGUUAAUGAAAAGGGUAGGCGUAAACACCCCCUGCUCCAUUUCGUUUAAAAAAAAAAAAAUGUUGAGCCUGCAGUUAGAAGAGCUUGAGCAUUGCAUUAUAGAGGGGGGAAAUUUGAGGUGUACCCAACCCACUGAAAUUUGGAGAAAAAGAUAGAUCAAACAAAUAAUAAAGUGGCGUGUUAAUAUAUCAAGCGCGCUUUUUUCCUAAUUAACAGACUCACUUCUAGCAUGCCUACAUGUUUCUCUAUCUUUACCUUGUACACACUUUGUGAAGUAGCAAGACUAUUGAAAGACCCUGUUGCAUGCUUAACUCAUUGUCUGACAUGUUAAUGAGAUCCAAUCCAAGUGAGGCUCCAUGAAUCCAACCCAAUCUCCGAGACGUCCAAAAUUUCAUUUCAGAUGCUGCAGAUUUGAGUGUGGACUGAUUUAUUUAAUUGAAGGGAGAAGUGGGAAGCCAGCCAAGAAAAACACCAGCAGAAAGAUGAUUACAUUCAUUCAAAUAUAGCAGAGCAAAAUGAGUUAGUGAAGUGCUAUUAUUGUGUCCGUGACGUCGAAGCUUGAAUUAAAGUCUUUAAAAAGAGAAGAUAAGAUAGAUUGGUGCUGACUCUUGAAGGAAAAAGUAGCUGCAAUAUAUAUAUAUAUAUAUAAUUUGGAGAGCUAUUAUUGUGAUGAAGCCUUUUGGUCUGAGGUCUGCUUUGAGCAAUGCGUGCUCAUACUGUUCUGCCUCUGACGCUCACCCCCUUCCAAAAAUAAUUAUAAUUUGUAUUAAAUAUUUCUAAAGUAAAACUUUCCAACAUGAAUUUACCGUACAAUAUAUUCCUUCAUAUCAAUAAUACAAGCAGGCGUGUCAACUUCUGCCUGUCACCAUUUUCAAAUUGAAUCAUUGUAUUCUCUCAGUUAAUGCAACAGCAGAUAUGCAUGUGUCAUUCACCAGGGAAAAUCUAGCGUUGCUCUUUAUUGAAAAGAUUAUUUGUUUUAAGAAACUCAUAUUCAUGCUCUUUUGGGACAUUAAUUUUUUGAAGGAUACACUUGAUGGUGGUGAUGGCAAGGGUGAAGGACGGAGUUAAUCGAUUGGGGUAAGUAUUAAUAUUUGAUUUUUAUGUGUCUAAUAUCUAUGAGAAAGAUUCUUUGAUUGACAUUAACAUGUGAAAAACAAAACUGGCUUUAAAACGGUCAUAAGCGAGCGGGGAAGCUAGCUAGGAGUUAAUUAAGUUUAAGGGACACAAUGUUUAGUAUUGAUAAUAGCGGUGUUAAUUUUUAUAUUCAUAUACUUCUAGGAAACUAGCCUAUAUAUAUAUAUAUAUAGAACAGAAAAAAAAUGUUUCCAGAGUCAAAUAAAAAAAAAAAUUGGUUGAAUGAAGUGAUCCUUCCUGCUUGAGUAUUUAUUCUAUCUUGUAAACGUUUUCUGCUGCCGCAUCUCUUGCUCCCAGCAUAUGUGUAUAAAUUGAUAUAAAUUGAUAUUUUUUAUAGCAUCAAUUACGUAAGGUUUGAAAACUGAGGCGCUGCAGAAAAGUCAUCCAUGGUCUUAAAUCUCUUUCUCUCGUAUAUGUGUGCAUAUUCAAACCAGGAACGCAGCAAAAAGAAUUUUCUAAAACCCUCACUUGAUUUAAAAUAUAAAGUAUUGGAUAUAUUUUAAAUUUUUUUUAUCAUAACCUUAAUUUGCUAGAUUUCAUUCAAAUAAUUAAUAAGAAUUUUUUGAAUAAAUUAAAUAUUAUAUUAAUUUUAUUUAAGAAUACGAUUGGAAAAUAUAAAAAUUUUUAUAAAAUAUUAAUAAUUGAAUUAAUGUGAGGCCAAAGUUUCUUUUGAAGUACGUAAUUUUUGUUGUUGUGAGUGUAUGAGAACGCCGGAUUCGAACUCGUGGCUUGACUUGCGAAAACAAAGCACUUUCACCGACAAGCCACAAAACUCUUUAAAUUAGUGUUUUGUUGGCUUAUGUGGAAUUCCAGAUAUACUAAUGCAGACCAAUUUGAGAAAGAAAAAAACGCAGGAAAUAAGAAGCAGGAAUAAGGGAAAGUGGUGUUGGGUGAAGGAAAAUGGAUGUGUUGGAGCAGUUUGGUUGUUUGUUGGUGACCAACAAGAAGAAGAAGAAAGAGAUUCUAGGAGGCUUGCACACUAAUUCCGAAACAAUGCCAUAGAAUUUGUUGUGAGCUAAGUUCAAGAACCAAAUAUUAUCCAACCAAGUAAAAGAUUUUGGAAUUGGACCCGUCAAUCCGUGGAGGCCUUUUUCAAGAACCCACUCUCGUAAGGUAAGCGCUCACAAAAAACUUCCAUCAAGGUGUUUAAUGCACUUUUGAUGCUUCUUGGGAUCGGUCUAACAAACUUGUUGUCAGUGAAUGUGAGGUAUCUCACGUGUGUGUGGGUGUGAAAUUCCAUGGAAGGUUUAUGUUGAAUUGGUUGUUGCUGAUGAAGAUGACAUCAAGAUCCAUGGUGAAGAGCUUUGGAGGGACGAGUCCAAUAAGAGUAUUGAACCUAAGAUUUAAAAAAAAGUAGCUUAUUAUUAGAAAAAAAAAACUUCCAUUGGGAAGUAAUCCUGAAGCUUGUUGUUGCUCAAGUCAAUCUUGAAGAAAUAUUUGUAUUCCAUGAUUUUUAUGGGGACUUCUCUAAGAAAUUAUCGGAGUUGACAUGGAAGAAUGUUAAUUCUAGAAUGGAGCCCAACAUUCAUGAAAGACGCAAGCUUAACCUUGAAGAUCAGAGAAACCAGCUUGGUUGAAAUAUAAUUAUUUGGAUUUAGAAACUGAUCGCAUUUGACACCGUUGUAGGUACAAGGACUUGCGUCCUUCUUCCAGGUGUUGGUAAAGCAAUUGGGGUCAUCAACGGUAGUGGCAAAAUUCAAAUGCACGCAACGAGCUUUCACAAGCAUAGGGGACAGGUAAUCAACAGGGAGGAUAGUCGUUAGAAAGAGAAGGAACUCCUUUGACGCCGAUGAUGAUCUCCAGCGUAUUACUUUCCUGGAAGCAAUGCCUGGGUGUGAAGAGGAAGAGAUUGAUGAAAGGAGUAGAGAUAGAAGAUCUAGAGAUAUGAAGAAAUCAAGGUCAUUUGCUCAAGCUUAACGAUAGGCGCUAGAUGCUGUUUUAAUUAAUUGAUGAUUUAUUUUGUAUCACUUGAUAGUAUAGGCUCCCCAAUGUUCCUUAAAAAAUAGUUCAUGAUUAAAUUUAUACAUUCAUCCUUAACUUAAUAAUAAAUAUUUUGUAAAA